ACCUUUGGAGUUUUGAGGUUUGACUAAUGGCUGCCAAGUGCACUAUCUAUAUAGUGACAUCUCAGGGUCCCUACAACACAGGGACGAAAGAGACCACCACAUCACCUCUUCCAUUCUUCCAAGAUAAAACCGAAGAAGCCAAAAAGACACCCACAACACAACGAAAACCUGACCAUUUCUUCCCCCAUUCUCCUUGGACCAAGAAAAGAAUCCGACCAUGGCAGACGCAGCGGCAGAGUCUCGCGCCGAGGCCGACGGGCCUACCUCGGACAUGGCGGACGACUUCGAGUUCUGCAUCCUGUCGUCCGGCGGCCUCGUCCCGGCCGGCAAGGGCGUGGAGACGGACAUGUGCGUGGCCGACGAGCUGUUCUGCCAAGGCAAGCUGCUCCCGCUCCGCCCCUCCUCGGCCGCGGCCGGCGAUGGCGCCAGCGUUGUCACGCUGCCGCGGUCGGAGUCGGCGGCGUCCACCGUGGGCCUCGUUUCGCGGUCCGGCAGCCGCAGCGCGAGCUCCAGCGGCAGCAGCAGCGGGUGCGUCAGCCGGAGCCAGUCGUCCAAGAGCGCCUCCUCCGACCAGGGCGGCGCCCCCGCCCCGCCGCCGCGGCGCUCGCUGUCGAGCAGCCUGUUCUACGCGCACCCGAGCCCGUCACCGCAGCUGCGCUCGGCGCGGCCGCGCCGCAGCACCGGGUCCGCGCCGCCCCCGGCCUCGUGGGGCCUCUUCCGCCUCGGCGUCGUCGGCGCCCCGGACGUGUACCCGCCGCCGCGCCCCGCCGAGGCCAAGAUCGCCGCCACCGCGGCGAGAGGCGGGGGCAGCAGGAGCGCGAGGUUCGAGCAGGUGACCGCCGCCGUCGACAAGAAGCUUGGGUUAGGGGCGCUGUUCGGGGACAGCCUCGGGUGCAAGUGCUCGCCCGACGCCGUCGAGCCCGUGCGCUUGCCGGAGGCGGCGAAGCGGAGCAGGAAGAAGGACGGCGCCAAGAGCGGUCAGGGCGUCCGCCGUAGCAGGAUCCUGGACUGGCUCGAAGAGCUCUCCAUUAUCAAGGAGAAGAAGUGACGCUGAUUGCGGCGUCAAGAUCAUGCCUUUCUUGGAGACUAGAGCUGUGUAUGAUCAAGGAAACAUUUUUCUUCAACUUCUUUUUUUUUAGAUUUUUCUUAGUCUGACUAGAGACUAGCGAGCAAUGCUACGCAGAAGAAUUAACGAGCAAUGAUCAAUUGCUCAUGACUUUCGGUUGUACAGACUGAGGAGUUUGACUUCAUCAUUCAUAGCCAAUCUUUUUUCUGUUC